GCAACACUUGCGAUCGCCGCUAUCGACAUCGACCCCGUUUUCUGAGCUCGAAAGCCUUGUGGCACUGGUGCAGGCACCCUCACCUUUCAUUCAACGAUCGCCUGGCUUGCGAAUUGCUUUUCUUUCUUCUCCCUUGAUAUAUAUUUUAUUGCCCUGAGCUCACCACUUCUCAACCAUGGUCAUGCUACCCCCGCGUGCUUACACUUUUAUUGGGCUGAAUGCCGUACGAAUCCUCAGUAUUAUCUCUCUUCUGCUCGUUUUUGCGAGCAACAUCGUCACUCUUGUCAAUGAUAUCAAGGCGGUCAACCGGUUUAUGGAGGCUGGAAAGGAUGGUAUUGCUGGAGCCAAUAACGCCACUCUGGACGCGUUGAGGGACUUUGAUUAUAUCUCAGACAGCACAGUACCCAACCAACCAGCUGGUGCAUUCUGGGCCGUCCUCAACCGUCUGUUCAUUAUUGGACAGGUUGUUGUCCUUGUUGGCUCUGAGCUGAGCUUCCCAUCCCAGUUCUUUGUCAAGUUCUUCCCCGUUCUUGGGAAGGAGUUUGGUCUGGGACCAUUGGGCUUGAUUCAGAUGCUCAUCGGCGCCGCUAUCCUCUCGCACCGAGUGGAUACCUUCACCCUCGUCUCCGCCUUCUUCCUCUUUUCCGUCGGAUGCCUCAAUGUCCUCCUCGGCCUCAUCUUCCGCGCCUCCGCCAAAUCCAAGCGAUCCGUCACAUCAUGGCGCGAACACGCAAAGAACGCCUUACCCACGCACAUUGGCCCUGUUGACGUCCGGCCUGUUGUCAACGCCGGUACGCAGUUCAUGAGCCAAAAGUCGACGCCAUUCAACUCCCCGCCACCGUUCGUGUCGCAUCUCCAUACAGGGUCCAGUACGGCUAGUGGUUCCACUGAGAAGAGCGGGCUUGGAUUCGGAAGGCAGGCUGAGAAGGCUGCCGGACUGAGAGGAUAUCUUCUCUCGAAACCUGUUGAAUCGCUUCCGAAGUACUCUCCUCCUCGACCGAGCUACUAG